AGUUCGAAUAAUCAAUCAAAGCACGCCUCGAUCACACUGUGGGUGAGGGAUUGCCUCUUGUGUGCUGCUAAAAUGACACUCAGUCGUUUAUUAUCGCGGGCAGUAAUCGUCAGCAAAAGUGGGACUAGGUCAGUGUUUACGGCUGGGACGCCAGAUUACAACAACCCCAACUGGGUGCGUGUUGGUUUAGCUUUUGGGACAACUGCAUUCCUUUGGGGCCUGCUCUUCAAACAGCACAGCACAGAUGUACAUGAGUACAAAGUGAGCAACGGCCUGGAAUAAAAUCUCUGACAUGACUAGAGCUGUUAUCGACCAGGAGGGUCAGUCUCUUUGAUCCAAUCGAUGUUGUUCUUUUGUUUGUCUAUUUUUUGGGGAAGUGAUAAUCCUGUGUCCAGAUUACCCAGUACUGUAUAAUAAAGUUAUGAACAUGUA